AUGGCUGCGGAAUUUUCACCAAUAGCAAGUAAUGUUUUUCAAUGCAUGGAUAUUGCCUGUCUCUGUGUAUUUUUCCGAGGUAAUCUUGAAUGGAUGGAUUGUAGAUAAAAACCAAAAUAUUUCAAUUAGGCACUGGUGGAAAUCAAUGUGUUGUACAAGGAAGAAGUUUUGGAAAAGCAGUGAGAAAAGAAUAUCGAAUGUUGACUGAUGACGAAAGACAAAGACUGCAUACAGCAUUCAGAACUCUGAAACAGAAGUAAGAAAGUAUUUUACUAAAAUAAAUACCGUAUACCGUAUUUCAGUGGUGAAUAUGAUCGCUUAGCUCGUGUUCAUUCGCAAUAUGCAGAAAGUGGAGCAGCUCAUUCUGGUCCAGCAUUUCUUCCUUGGCAUCGAGAAUUUGUGAAAAGAAUGGAAUUCUUAAUUCGUCAAGUUGAUCCAAGUCUACAUUUGCCAUAUUGGGAUUCGACAUUAGAUCAAAAUCUUCCUGAUUCAAAAGAUUCAAUAAUGUGGUCAAAUGAAUUUAUGGGCGAAUCAGAUUCUUCCGGAGCUGUUACUUCUGGACCAUUUAGAAGUUGGAGAACAAUUGAAAAUAAAGCAUCAAUAACUCGAGCAGUUGGAAAACAAGGAAAAUUAUAUUCGGAAGAUGAAAUUAAUUUUAUGAUGAAUCAAAAUGAUAUUUCACAAGUUCUAUCAUAUUCAGCCCCACAAAGAGGUUGUCCAUUACAACCAAACUUUUUAGUUCCCGAAUAUACACAUGGUAAUCCACAUAUUUAUGUUGGUGGUGAUAUGUUUGAAACUCAAACAGCUGCAAAUGAUCCUGUAUUUUGGUUACAUCAUUCAUUUGUUGAUCAUCUUUGGGAAUUAUAUCGACUUGGAAAACAAUCAAGAGCACAAAGAGAAACAGUUUAUCCAGCUGAUAAUCGAUUAUGUAGUAGUGAACAUCAUUUUCGGGCUGCUUUUAUGAGACCAUUUACACCAAUGAGAAAUGCUGAUGGUUUAAGUAACAUGUACACUGAUAAUUUAUAUUCUUAUUCUCCAAGACCUUCUUGUAAUAAUGGACCAGAUUGUGGAUCACCGUGAGUUUCAAAAAGAUGUUGAAAUUAUGAAAACAUAAUUUUAAUUGUUAGAUAUUUGUUUUGUGAUCGUUCACAUGGUGCUCCUCGAUGUGCUGCUCGAAUGCGACCAGGUGGAAAUUGUGCCAGUUUUACAUCUGGCGAAACAGCUUGUUAUAAAGGAACAUGUCAAGGUGGAAAAUGUGUAGCUGGUUCACAAACCGUAACUCCUCCACCAACAAUUCAACCAACAAAACCGGUUGUAACAGUUCAGGUUAGAAAAUUAUGAGAAAAACUACAGUAAUACUUUUCUGUUUUCAGACAUCUUGUUUCAAUGAAAAUGAAUGUUGUGGUCCUUGGGCAGCAAAAGGAGAAUGUAAUGCAAAUCCAAUCUAUAUGAAUGUUUGGUGCAAAGCAUCGUGUAGACAAUGUACUCCAAAUUAUGAUUUGAACAAUGGUAAGAAAUUAAUAUUUGAAAAAAAAAACUUCAAAAAACUUUACAGAAUGUUCUGAUCGACAUACAAAUUGUGCAACAUGGUCAAGAUCAGGAGAAUGCACAAAAAAUCCCCUAUGGAUGACUGAAAAUUGUAGAAUGUCAUGUAACAAAUGUGGAAAAACAAGAACUGCAACUUGUGGUGGAAAUGUUGACAAUUUUUCGAAUCGUUAGUUUUGAGAUCAAUUUUUCUCAUAGUUCAGCCAUUUAAUUCAGCACCAACUACUACUGCGCGGCCUGUUGCACCAAUAAAUUCCCCAACAAAAUGUGAUUCUCCAAUGUGUUACAAUGAAGAUCAAUGUUGUCCAGUUUGGGCGAGUCGUGGACAAUGUCAAGUAAUUUAUAUGAAAUGUUUUCCCAAUUGGAAAAAAAUGUAUUUUUUUUUCAGGCUAACGCUGGUUAUAUGAUGUGUCAAUGUAAAGUUAGUUGUGGUGCUUGUCGUCCACCUUAUCAAUAUGGACGUGAGUAUUUUAAAUCUUACCAAUUUCAAAUAUCCGAAAUAAUUGUUUGUAGCAUGUGCUGAUUAUCACGCAGAUUGUGCAAAUUGGGCAAAACGAGGAGAAUGUGGAAAGAAUAAAUGGAUGCCAGAAAACUGUAGGCGAUCUUGUAAUACAUGUAUAACCAGGUGAAUUGAAACUGAAAUUUAAUUUUUCUAACAUUUUGAAUCGCAGACAACAACUUGAAUCAAAAUGUGUGACAAGAAUGAUAAGAAGUCUGUUUCUCGACACAAUUCGAAUGCGAUGAAACCAUUUUCCAAUAGAUGUUGUAAUGGAUUAUUUUUCGUUUAUCUAUCUGUUUUUUUUUCAGAAACAGUAUCAAAUCAAUAAAAAUUUGCUCUAAAAAAGAAAAGCAUCAUGUUUCAAAAACUAGUUUUUCGCAAUGGUCAUUAUUUAGCAACUUGUCACAUUUUUACAAAUCAUUAAUUUAUCACGAAAUUCUCGCGAAAAGAUUCUUUGUCAGUUUUUUUAUUGCAAAUAUGAUCUUACUAUUUUAUUUUCUUUCGAAAGUUCAACAAAUGUAUUCAUUAAAAACUAUUAUAUUUUUAAUUGUUUAUUUUAAUCGUGUGAAAAAACACAAAGAAACAUUUGAAAAAGUUGGACUAACAAUUGAUUUACGAUCAAAAAUAUGUGUUUUUUUCAUUCUUAUUUGUAGACUUAUUUGCAUAGAAUGUUGUCAUAAAAUCGAAUAAUCACAUAAAAACAUUUUUUGGAUUCUUCUUUUUAGAGCAGACUUGCAUUUUCAUAUGAUCAAAGUUUUCAAAGCAAUAUUUCCAAUCAUUAUCAAUCGGCUAUUUUUAGUUAGUUUUUUAUCAUCCCAUAAAAUCUUUUUGAAGAAAUCUGAGAAUGUCUAACUAUAAAUUAUAAGUGUUCUCAAAAAAUAAACCAGUUCUUAAUUAUUUAUUUUUUUACCCACAUUUUCAAUUAUUCCUAAUUGCAACUGUUUUUUCUUCCUUUUCUUUUUAUUUUUUCAUUCGUCAUUUACGAAAAUGGUUCUUUCAAGAAAAAAAAGAAAGAAUGAAAAUCGCCAUUUUUUCAAAGAACAUAAAUGUUUUAGAACGUGUCCUUUGUUUGUCCUUUUGAUUGAUUUAUUUUCAGGAGUUUCAUUUUUCAUUUUCACACUUUCGUUAUGUCCGAUGGAUGAUUCGCUUGAUUUGAGUGUUCCAAUUUUAGAAGCUAAAAAUACUCCAGUUAGUUUUUUUUUGUUUUCGUUUAAAAUAAAAGUUGAAAAAUAUGUGUUCCAGAAGAAGUGUGUUCCUGUUUGGAUAAAUCGCCCUUAUAAAGUAUGGAGAACCAAUUUUCAAGAAGAUAGAUGUUGUUCGAAGAAAAAUUUAGGUAUCGAGGUUAGUAAAAAACGUAUCGGCCAUUUUUUUGCAAUGACAAAUCUUUUGUUUCUGCGUGGGAGAAAAACAUUGAUCAUUCAGAGAACAAUUCUUGAUGACUCAUAUUAAACAUAAUUUUUUUUUGAAUUUCAGUUAGUAACCGCUUCAUAUCCGAUAAUCAGUUUGAAUUUGGCUUUAUUUCUUUAUAUAAUAUUUGGUAGUCAUUUAUUUUUGAAUAUUGAAGAAGUGAAGAAUCCACCAAGAAAUCAUUAUGAAUUGGUCCUUUUUUGUUUUACAACAAUUUCAACAAUUGGUUAUGGAGAUAUUUAUCCAGAAACAUUUACUGGUAAAAUAGUUUGUAUGUUAUAUUGUUUUAUUGGAAUCCCUUUAUUAUUUACAACAAUUUCUACGAAUGGAUUCAUUCUUGUGGAUGUAUAUAAUGUGAUCAAUCAAAGCAUCAAUGUUAAAGUUGGUUUAAAAAAAACUGGAAAUAAAAAAAACAUUAAUUAUUUUCAGGCGAAACCUCGAAAAGAUUUGCCAUGGUUUAUUUCACUUAUUCUUCUAAUUUCUCAUUGUUUAUUAGGUGCAUUCUUUUUUUCAUUUGGAGAUAUGGAUUUAUCAUUCAUAUCUGCUUUGUACUUCAGUUUUGUAUCGAUCUCAACUAUUGGUUUUGGAGAUAUUUGUUUGAAACCCAAAACUUUUUAUCAAACAUUUAUUUAUAUCAUGUUUUUAAGCACUGGUAAGACGAUAUUUUUUUUUAGCAAUUCUCAAAUAAAUCAUUUUUAGGUAUUGGAAUUUUGUCAACAUUUUUCGGAACACUUCAAAAAGUUGUUCUUUGGAUGCAUAACAUCGGAAGAAAGUUAUCAAAUUCUGGAGACGCUGAAAUAUGGUUUGGUGGAAAAAUGAUGACAGUUCGAGAAUUGGUUGUGAUAAUAGCUGAUCAUUUCCAAUGUACACCUGAACAACUUCGAGAAGUUCUUCAUGAUCUCGAUCAAAUUCUUGAAGUUGCGUGUCAACAAACAGAAGAUAAUAACGAACAAAAUUGUACAAUUGAAGAAUGUACAAAAUUAUUGACACUAAAUGACGGUUCUUCAACACCAAAAACACCAAUAACUAAUAGGAAGAAAACUGUGUAUUUACACGUGGAUAAAGGAAUUGAUAUUGAAGAUACAAAUCAAUUAACUGUACAUUCAUUUGCUGGAAGCCAUCAAAGAACACUGCCUAAAAAUACCGAACUUGUAAGUUUUGAUCGGUUAAUUCAAUUAGUUGAACAAUCGAAAAAGUAACGUAUUACCAAUUAAAAAUGCCAUAUGAUUGAAACGACAUUCACGGAGGGCCAAAAACUAAUUGUUUAGUAGAAAAAAUAAAAAAAACUCUCUAACUCUCUUUGAAAAAUCUUUAAAUUUUGAUUUUGGAAGUUCAGGCAAUUCAAGCACUUGGCGCAAUUCAACACACUCUUCGAAAGCCUUCAACACGUGCUCGUCCUGGUCAUUCAAGAUCAAAUCAACAAUCAAUUCAAACGUUAUUCCCAUCAAAAAAUGAAUUGGAACCAAAUCGAAAAGUAGGAACUCGUGUAAUUCUUCACAGACCAUCGGAAGAAGAAAAUAUUCCUUUUGUAGAUGUAUAA